AGGGGCUCAAUCAUGCAAAAUUUCUAUGUUCAUUUACUAUGCUGAGGGUUGGGGAAUCAUCUUUUGAGGUCUGGGGAAUGUCAUGUGUGGCUGCUCCUGCCGAUACAGGAGAGCACAGACAACAAUAGACUCAGCUCAGAACAUUUAUCCACAUAUUUCUAUUUGGACAAAUAGAAAUAGAAAGUAAAUCAUAGCCAGGUUCACUGGCAGUUCAAGGUCCAUGGGCCAUAUAAACAGUUGAAGACAUGAGUGAAGCGGCGCGCAGUGCAGAGGAGCUUAUCAGUCUGCUGCAGGAAUACAAACAGAGCCUCCAGGAUGUCAUGCAGUUCAAAUGGACCUCCUCAGACAACACAAGUGACCAGGAAACAGGGGAGCGGUUUGCUGAUCUCUCAAAAGUGGCAGAUGAAAUACAACAUAUGCUCAAGGAUGGUGUUGUUUUCACAACUCUUCACACAGAUUUGGAAUCAGGUUUACGUUUCUUCAAGAAGGUGGUACAGAAGAACAGACCUGACCCAGUGCAACCUUUGGGAGCAGGAGAUUCCAGCCCAUCUAGGCAUUUAGUGAGGCUGUCAGUAGAAGAAAGGAGACGACUCAAGAGGCAUGGUUCUGCUAUGGACCAGUUUUUGUCAGACAAUCGAAACAAUAAAGAACAACGGUUUUCCAAAUCAUUUGCAAAUAUUGAUCAACCUGACAGUCACAGUGCUUGUUUUCCAACCCAUGCCGACAUGGGGUGCUCUACAUUCCCUGAAUGUUGUGAGCCACUAUUACAGGAAGAGGGAAAUGGACAUUUUAAAUACAUGUUGAAGCCUCAGUCAGCUGGCCUUUAUAAGUGCAAGCUAACAGGCCUGAUGUUUAAAAUGGAGACAGCGGGUGAGCUGGAGUAUCACUCAGUACGAUGGGGAGAUAAGCUGGAGAAUCUUAACUAUGAACCGGCAGGGCCACUUUAUAACAUCAACUGCUUACACGGGAGUCUGGUACAGAUACAUUUUCCACACUGUGAGAUUAUUUCAGAUGGGAAGCUUGAGCAUAUGUCUGUCGCACACAUCACUGACAAUGGCCUGGAGGUUAUCGCUCCCAAAGAGAUAACAGAAUCCCAUGUUGUUAUGGACAUAUCUCACCAAUCUCUGUUUGGACUCAUUUGGACUUUUACUGACUUUGUAUUGGGAAGGAACAUUAAAGCACUGGUGCUACUGUUUCUUCAAAAAAGUUCUAAUCCAGAACUUCAUGUCUUGCUGUUGUCAAAGAAUGCUGAACUAGAGAAGGUGAAGAAAAAGAAAAAGAGACAAGGACAGUUCCUCAUUGACAGAAACCCUAGAUGUAUAAUAAACACACAGAAAUAUUACAAUCUCUGCACUGGCCAACCUGAACUAGAAGUGACACCUAAUAACCCUCAGAGGUAUGUUGUGGACUAUGAGAACUUCUUUCCGGUGUUUACAGUACUUUGCAGUACAGAGCAGAAGGUGAAACUAAUCCUCAUGGAAGGAACGAAUCAAGUGUGGGAAAGCACUGUCAACAUUGGAGUGGAUUUGUGGAAAACAUCUAGAGAAUCUGAAGAGACCAUAUUUUUUAGGAAACACAAUGUCACACUACAAACUCGCAUAGGGAGCUUGCCGCCUCUUCUGAUUUAUCUACAGAAGGAGGGAGUUUUGAAUAAUAUUGAAAGGAAUGAAAUCAACAGCAAACCUACACCAAUUGCGAAAAAUCAAGAUCUUCUAACCAAGGUGGAAAAUAAAGGCAAAACAGCUCAAAAAAGUUUUUAUCAUGCACUUAAGUUAUCAGAUCCUUCCCUGUUUCAGGAUCUGCAGGAGACUUAGAAGAAUGAAUGAAAUAACUCUGUAUUGAAAGGGUUGAAAUCAACAGCAAAGUUAUAGCAAUUGAGAAAAGACAGGUCAUUUUGUGUUACACUGACUGUUCUACUGUGGUGUGUACUCUUCACAGUGUUUCAAAAUUCCCAAUAAGGCAAUUGAUUAUACGCCAAGGGAAUAUGUAAAUCAUUUAUUUUCAAUGACAGCAAAACAAGAUAAUGGUGAUAUGUAAUAUAUUGAA